AUGUCUCAGACUGCCAAGUCCGCCUCCAGCCAGGGCACCGAUGCCAAGGACAAGGGAGCCCCAGCUCCUGCUGCCUCCAGCAAGGCCACCAAGACCGGAGAGCCUGGCAUGGGAUCCUUCAGAAUCAUGCUGUUCGACCAGGAGAACUUCCAGGGCAGGAUGAUCGAGAUCCAGAAUGAGUGUAUGAACGUGUGUGACCGUGGCAUCGAUAGAGUGCGUAGUAUCAUUGUGGAGUGCGGCCCCUUUGUUGCCUUUGAGCAGACUAACUUCCGUGGGGAGAUGUUCAUCCUGGAGAAGGGAGAGUAUCCUCGCUGGGAUACCUGGAGCAACUCCUACCGCAGCGACUGCCUCAUGUCCCUCAGGCCCAUCCGCAUG